GGGCUGGAAUUCCCCUCGGGCUGCCAGAUUGUUACGCCGCCCAAGCUAUAAAAGCAGAGGCACGGGCAGGGCUUGCCCACCGGCACCAGCCUCCCGGGGCCCAUGAGCAGUGGCUAGUGGCCAGCCGGGCUCCUCUCCCCUGGCUCCUCUCUGGAUUACCCGCCGCUGCUGGAGUUGCCACCACAGAAGAGCUCCAUGGCAGGAUCUUGUGAGAUCAGCAACAUCUUCUCUAACUACAUCAGCGCCAUGUACCAGCCCGACGAGGUGCAGCCAAGCUUGGACAUGCUGGGACAGCUUGGGGAUGACAGCAGCCUGGGGCUUAGCCUCCCGGCCAGCCAGCCCCCAGCACAGAGCACAGACAAGCCCGAGUGGUUCAGUGAGCUCCCGUACUUCUGGAGCAAGGUGCAGGUGCUGGAGUGGAUCAGCUACCACGUGGAGAAGAACAAGUACGAUGCCAGCUCCAUCGACUUCUCCUGCUGCAACAUGGACGGGCACACGCUGUGCCACUGCAGCAGGGACCAGAUGCGCCUCAUCUUCGGGCCCCUGGGGGAUGAGCUCUACGACCGCCUGCACGAGAUCACCUCCGAUGAGCUGAACUGGAUCAUUGAUUUGCUGGAAAAGGAGGAUGCGACUUCCCAGACCUUCCUAAACUCCAGCCAGCUAGAGCUGGGAAAUCCCUGUGCCAAGGACUCCCUGGAGGACCUAAAGCCCACAAACCCUUUCACAGACUUCACCUGCUUGCCGGGUUCCAUGUCGCCAGGCAGCUCUGAUGUCUCAGGACCUGUGAUGUCCCACAGCCCCAACUCUCAGGACUCCGGUGGAAGUGACCUCGACUUCGACCCUGCAGAAUCAAAGCUCUUUCCUGAUGACCACUUUCCAGGCAGCAAAAAAGGGGACAGCAAACACGGCAAGCGGAAACGGGGACGGCCCCGAAAACUCAGCAAGGAGAGCAGAGACUGCCUGGAGAACAGGAAGAGCAAGCACUCCCCAAGAGGUACCCACCUGUGGGAAUUCAUCCGGGACAUCCUGAUCCACCCUGAGCUGAACGAGGGGCUGAUGAAGUGGGAGGACCGGCAGGAGGGCGUCUUCAAGUUCCUGCGCUCGGAAGCAGUGGCUCAGCUCUGGGGCCAGAAGAAGAAAAACAGCAGCAUGACCUACGAGAAGCUGAGCAGAGCCAUGCGAUAUUACUACAAGCGAGAGAUCCUGGAGAGAGUCGAUGGACGACGGCUGGUGUACAAGUUUGGGAAGAACUCCAGCGGCUGGAAGGAAGAGGAGGUGCUCAACAGGAACAAGGAGCUGUAGGAGUCCUGGAUCAGCCAGGGGGUGAUAAGCCCCUCGGGGGAGGCCCCUGAGCUGGGCUCCUUGACAGGAAACUUUGCCUGCAGCUGUAUCUGGAAGCUGCUGGCCCAUGCAGCGUGUGGAAUUCCGACCCUCGCGUGGGCACGCUCGUGUGUGCGGGUGACUGCCAGCACCGAGGUGUUCAGAGCCCAUGUUUUGGCUCCAGUAGGUUAUUGCAAACUGUGACUUCCCUUGCUGGAUCCGUACCUCCAGCUGGAGCCGUGGGGACUGCGGCUGUUCCAAAGCCUGAACAGAUGCAACGGGGAAGAGAAUUCAAGCCCCACUGAGAGCCCAGCAGGCCUCCUGCUAUCACCCACCUCCUGCCUGGGCAAAGGUGCAGCACAUGUGUGUCACCUGUGACUGAACAGAGCUUGUCCCAGCUGUGGGGUCUUCCCUCUCACUGCUUGCACCGUGCCAAAGGUGUCCUGUCCUCUUCACUGCAUGUGGGUUGGGUGAGACCCCCUUUGUGUAGCAGCUUCUCAGUGUGGCACCUGCUGAGAGAAGAUGGGAACAUUGCGGAGCUUCACCUGGCCCCAGGAAGCCGUCGGUGUGUGAGAAGAGGAUGAGGGACAGCAGGGCCAUGCUGCAUUUUCAGCCUGGCCUGUGUCUAGAGCCAGGCCUUUUCUCCAAAAGUAGCUUCUAAUUUAUGUAAGACCCAAAACAAAUUCAGAGUGAACGUACAGAUAUAUUUUUUCAUGAGUAAGAUGUUUCUUAGUGAGAGCGUGUGCUGUGGGGCACACAGGUGUGUGGUGGCAGGUGCUGAUGCUCAGCUGGACUGAAGUGAUGUCACAGGGCACAGACUGGUGCUGUGCCAGCCACGGAAGGGGACGCCAACCCAGCCAGGCACCCACCAGGUGCAUGUGGUUUUCUCCUUUUCAAGUGGGAAUAUAAAAUGAAUAAAUUGUUGGUUUGUUGUGUUUUUGUA